AUGAAAGAAGAGAUGAAGGCCAUGAAGGAUAAGAUCACAUUGAUGGAUACAAGAAUCGGUGCAGUGAUCACCGGUAACACAACCGCCAUUAAUGGCAUUGAUGCCUUGUCUGCCCUCCCAGCAUCUGCGCAUGUGCCCACUAGUGUUGCAUCCACUUCUGCUGCCCUUCCCAUCACCAAAUCAAGUGAUACUAACGCUGUAUUUCUAAAAUCAAGAGACCAGGCAGAAAUCCAAGCAAACGCCAUAAAACCAAAGUGGGCAGUUGAUGUUCGUUUUGAUCGCUCUCCAAAUAGAGAGUUAGUCAAACAACUCUUGUAUUACUUGGAAAAGAAGUUUGCUGGCACUGAUAUGAGGACACGCGACCUUCGUAAGUGUAUAUAUACAAACUUCUGUAGUAGACGUCGCCAGCAAAGGGAACUUCCAGAAACAAGACGAGCCUUGAAUACUAAUUCAAGAAGAUCUGGCCGUGAAACUGACACUGUAGAAAAAAAAGUGCAAGUACUCGCAGAAAUAAUUGCAUAUCUGCAAAAUCCAUGUAACUUUGUAAAAAUCAUAUCAAUCUUACUAAAUUUAGAGUGUUAUAAGCCCCUUUUAGAAGCUGUGGACCCGCAAUUAAUCUUUUUUUCAUGUGUUAAACUCAGUCGUCUAUUUUAA